GCAGCACUGGUGUGUACUGUUUUGCCGGCUGGAACGCACGCUCAUUUCAAUUUGGUAGCGCUUGCAAUUUGUAUUUUAUGCAUAAACGCUCACAUGUUGCCCCUUGGAGAUGACAAAAAGGAUCGCUAUGCCAAGCUGUCCUUUCUGGGCGAAGGACAGUUUGCCAUCGUGUACAAGGCGCGCGACACUGUGACCAGCCAAAUUGUGGCCGUCAAGAAGAUCAAGAAGGGCAGCCGCGAUGAGGCGCGCGAUGGCAUCAAUCGCACCGCAUUGCGUGAAAUUAAGAUCCUGCAGGAGCUGCAGCACGAGAACAUUAUCGGACUGGUCGAUGUAUUUGGCCAGCUGUCGAAUGUGUCGCUGGUGUUUGAUUUUAUGGACACCGAUCUGGAGGUGAUCAUCAAGGAUAACAAGAUUAUUCUCACCCAAGCGAACAUCAAGGCGUAUGCUAUAAUGACACUGCGCGGCCUAGAAUAUCUGCACGUCAAUUGGAUUCUGCAUCGCGAUCUGAAGCCCAACAAUUUGCUUGUCAAUAGUGAUGGCGUUUUAAAGAUCGGCGAUUUUGGUCUGGCCAAGAGCUUUGGUUCGCCUAAUCGCGUGUACACUCAUCAUGUGGUGACGCGUUGGUAUCGCUCACCCGAGCUGCUAUUUGGCGCCCGCCAAUACGGUACCGGCGUGGACAUGUGGGCCGUUGGCUGCAUUCUCGCCGAGCUUAUGUUGCGUGUACCCUUUCUGCCCGGCGAUUCCGAUCUGGAUCAGCUGACGCGCAUCUUCAGCGUUUUGGGCACACCCACAGAGGCCGAGUGGCCCUAUCUGAGCAAGCUCCAUGACUAUUUACAAUUUCGUCAUUUUGUGGGCACACCGCUUCAGAAUAUAUUCACAGCAGCCGGCAAUGAUAUGAUCACGCUGAUGCGUCGUCUGUUUGCCAUGAAUCCGCUAAAGCGCUGCUCGUGCCGCGAAGCGCUCAGCAUGCCUUAUUUUCAUAAUAAGCCCGCGCCCACAGUUGGCCCCAAAUUGCCAAUGCCCUCAGCCAUAUUGGCCGCCAAGGAGGGCGCCAAUGCGGCUGCCGAUGAGAAACCGGGACUCAAGCGCAAACUGGUCGAGACCACGGUGCGCGGCAAUGUCCUGCCGCAAAAAAAGAAGUUAAUGUUCUAAACAGCUGCCAGUCCACAUGCGAAUUGCAUAGAGAGUUUAUUUGACUAGUUACUAAGCGAUAGCCACAAAUAUACUAAAUAAAAGGUAAGGGAAUUUAUACUACAA